AGAGAAUUAGUUGGCUUCACCAACUAUUGUAGCUUUGAAAGUAUAGACUUGGUAUGGAUGAAAGCAUUUAUGAAAUAUCAUCCCAAUUGUUUUCGAUGACAAGGACAGGGCGGGACGCACCGCAUUGUCGAAGCUCCACACUUCCCAACAAAUAAAAACGGUUACUGCGAUUUAGUUAAGUUCAUCGCUCACAUCACAUUAACACCAUCGCUCAGACCUCACCUCAACAUUAACGACAUCACUCGGAGCCUUUAUUUAUUAGGUAGGUGAAAGGAAAGCUCGUUGGUGUUAAUCGAUCUCUAAAGAUGGGGAAGAAGCGAGUAAUGGUGCCGGCAAAGGAUGUUGACUUGUCAUGUGUCAAAUAUGAGCCUCAAGUUGUGCAAGCUCCACAUUUGGCUGGCUUCAUGUUUAGAUUAUUUGUGAGGAUACUUGAAACUCCGGUGAUAGGUCCUACUCUUAUAAAUUACUUGAAGAAGGACAACAAAUUUGAUGAGAUAUUGCGGCAGACUGCAAUACCUGAGGAGCCCAUGUUUAAACCUGAAUAUCCACCACAAGAAAUGGAGUCUGGUGUUGUUGUCCUUGAUGAAGAUGAGAGACCUGAAGGUCGACUUGAGUCUGCAUUGAAGUGUCUUCCACAUUAUGAUCCUGCCGGAUUAUGGGAAAAUUUGUCUGCAUCCUUUCGGUACUGGAAAAUACGUGACUAUGCUUAUGCUUAUCGAUCUAGAAAAGUAACCCCAUCUAUGGUUGCUGAGCGCAUCAUAUCAAUUAUAGAAGCCAAUGGAAGAAAUAAACCUCCAACACCACUAUUGAUAUCUUUUGAUGCUGCAGAAGUCCGAGAGCAGGCAGCAGCAUCUACUGAGAGGUUUGAAGCAGGAAACCCGUUCUCGAUAUUGGAUGGAAUUUUCAUGGCCAUCAAAGAUGAUAUAGAUUGCUAUCCUCAUCCAUCCAAGGGUGGAUCUGCUUGGAUGCACGAGGUACGCACGGUAAAGAAGGAUGCAGUCUGUGUUUCAAAACUGCGUAGCUGUGGUGUCAUAUUCAUAGGGAAAGCAAAUAUGCAUGAGUUUGGAAUGGGUACAACAGGGAAUAAUUCUAAUUAUGGAACUACAAGAAAUCCUCAUGCUCCUGAUAGGUACACUGGUGGAUCUUCUUCAGGUCCAGCUGCAAUUGUUGCUUCUGGAAUAUGUUCUGCCGCACUAGGAACUGAUGGUGGAGGUUCAGUCCGUAUUCCUUCUUCCCUUUGUGGUGUGGUGGGACUGAAGUCAAAUUAUGGCCGGACAAGCAUGGAGGGGUCAUUAUGUGAUUCUGGAACAGUGGAAAUUAUUGGACCAAUUGCUUCAUCAGUGGAAGAUGUCAUGCUAGUGUAUGCGGCAAUGUUGGGUGCAUCACCUGCGAAUAGAAUCAGUUUGAAACCGUCACCACCUUGUUUGCCAACUCUGUCGUUCAAUGACAAUGCAAAUGCCUUGGGAUCUUUAAGAAUAGGAAAGUACACCCCGUGGUUUAAUGAUGUUCUUUCAACUGAAGUCUCUGAUAAAUGUGAGGAUGCUGUUAAGAAGCUGUCAAAGGCACAUGGUUGUGAAGUGAUAGAAAUUGUUAUACCAGAGCUUGAUGAGAUGCGAACUGCCCAUGUUGUUUCCAUUGGCUCUGAAUGCUUAUGUUCGCUGAAUCCUGAUUGUGAAGAUGGCAAAGGUGUAAGAUUGUCAUAUGAUACUCGUACAAGUUUGGCACUUUUUCGAUCAUUUACAGCAGCAGAUUAUGUUGCAGCCCAAUGUAUUAGACGAAGGCUUAUGUAUUACCACAUGGAGAUUUUCAAGAACAUUGAUGUCAUAGUGACUCCAACAACUGGCACGACAGCACCCAAAAUACCUCGUAGUGCUCUUAAAAGUGGUGAAACAGAUCUGCAGACUACAGCUUAUCUUAUGCGGUUUGUUGUUCCAGCAAAUCUUCUGGGAUUCCCUGCUAUUUCUGUCCCGGUUGGUUACGAUAAAGAAGGGCUUCCAAUAGGUUUGCAAAUAAUGGGUCGACCAUGGGCGGAAGCUACUAUUCUGCGUGUAGCAUCUGAAGUGGAGAAAUUCUGCGGUGAGUCAAAGAAAAAGCCCGUGUCAUACUAUGAUGUUCUGAGGGCUAACUGAAGCUAAGAUGUUCUUGCUCGUUACGGUUAAUAAGCGGUCGAAGCCUUUCCUGUGUUGUUUGGAAAUCGCAAUCCAUUUGGCAAAUAAUGUAUGCUUCAUCCUCAAGGCAUCUAAUUGCUCAAAUGGAUUUAUGAUUUGCCAAGAUCUUAGGAAAUAAAUUCUGCAGAGCAGACAAUAGUAGUAAGACAAUGUUAGCAAUACACUCUUCAAUAUACUCUUUAUGAUUGAUUAGUUUUUAAAAAAAUUAAAGCAUGUCACAUAAGGAGUAUGUUAAAAAGUAUAUUGCUAGCAUUUCUUGUAGUAGUGGAAAUUUGCACAUUUUCAAGAUGUAGAAGAGUUUAAGAGCUUUCUUAAGAACUUCAAAAAUACAAUGUUUACAGUUUUCUUAUGU